CCAGGUGUUUCCAUGACAGAGUAUCGUGCUAACAGCAGUUAGUUAGGGUUCUUGACAUUCCUCUUGCCGUCAUCAAGAUCUGUUGGAGAUUUCUGUGCUUUGAAGACGACUUAAUGUGUUCUAAGUAUAGAGACCAUGUGACUGGAGGAAGAUAUCAGGAAAAACAAAAUUUGGCCAUAGUUCCCACAUCGACCAGGCUUGACUCUCAUUGUCUCAACUUCUAUACCUUUAAUUGGCAUAAUUUUGAGACAAAGGCAAAAUGGGAAAUUCAAUGAGCAUCCUGCCUCCCUUUCCCGGUCUCAGGGACAGAGACGGGGACAAGAAAGUAGAAGAUUUCGUCCUGCUAGGAGAGGCUUAUGUUAGGAAGGGAGUGUCGAGCAAGAAUGGUAGAGACUUUACCAAAGCAUCGGCACUAUACAACGCAGCUUUAGUACGCUGUCGAAACUGGGCCAAAAGGCAGAAUCUGAUCGAACGAAUCAAAUCAACAGAAAGUCUGCUACUUCAGCACGUAGCUGGUUUGGAUCAUGCCGAAAUUUCAAGUCGCAAGGAUGAUGUCGCUCAUAAAAUUACGCUUCAAAAAAUCCGCCUCAGGUGUCAGAAACAGCUGCAAGAUAUACACGAGUUAUGCAACUAUUCGGGAAAUCCAUUACAUUGUGCAAAAACGAGGGAAGAAGAGGAGAAAAGAGCCGAGAAGAUCCGAGCACUUUAUCAACAGAUUUCACGGGAAAUGAAAGCAUUCGUUUCCGACCUUAUUCAAGAAUGUUUUCUUGUCUUGGGUCCCCCUCCAUGUAAUUACGCCGCGAUUGGACUAGGGUCCUUGGCAAGAGAAGAGAUGACUCCAUACUCAGACCUGGAGUUUGCCGUACUGUUAGAAGAACGGGAACGCCUGGACAACGAGAAGGCUUACUUCCGCUCAAUGACGUAUUUGCUACACCUCAAAGUUCUGAACCUCGGUGAGACUAUCCUCCCAUCCAUGUGUAUUGAAGAGCUUAGCGACUACAACGAUAUGAGCAAAGAACAGUUUUACGAUUCUGUAACACCCCAUGGUUUCUCGUUUGACGGCUGCAUGCCUUGGGCGAGCAAGACUCCCCUUGGGCGCGAUGAGACGGAUACAAAACCGGGCCUUGAACUCAUCAUGACUCCACGGGAAAUGGCAGAUGUACAGACAAUGAACCGGUCCUUGAGGGAAGGAUAUCACCUUGCGGAUGUUCUCCGUACUGCAACAUUGAUCAAAGGCGAUCAAUCGCUGGUUGACGAGUACAGACAAGCAGUAUUCGACAUACUAGACUCUCCAGUGAGUGACGUUGACAACACCACUGUGGGUCAGAAGAUGGCGCUUCAAACACUUUCAGAAGAUGUGAACCUUUUUGACCCCACAGCGUUGCACGAUCCCUCUAGAUCUGGUUUUGGUCUCCUAUUUGGUUGUGCCUACGACGUGAAAAAAAUGAUCUUCCGGUUGAUCAGCUGCACUAUGCAAAGCAUAGGCUUAUUAUCGAGUACCAAGUGUGAUAGACUUGAAGAUAUUUUGCUAUAUUUGGAACAACGAGGUCUUAUCACUAGCCUUGUAAGGCAUAACAUUCGGAUAGCUGCUGCAAUUGCCGAUGAGUUGCGGUUAAAGACGUACGUGGCAAACAGGGGACAGAAGGAACUGAUCUCGACACUUCCUAAGUUUGAACAGAAGAACACCAACUUUCCUAAAACAGGGCAACUCUUCUACCUUCAGCAGAACCCUGACAUGCUUCACCGAUUUUACUUUACAUCGUAUCCGUAUCAUGAAACCAUGAAAACUGUCAUUCGAAAUGCCAACGAGAGUGGCUAUUCAACACUUGAAGGAAUGAUUAGUAGCUCCUUCCCAGAUUCAGGGAUCUACGACAACAGUCCUUUGAUAAGAGGACUGAUGUAUUUUGAUUUCUUCGAGUAUGACAAGGCCGAGGAAUGCUUCUUAGAUGUGCUGAAGGAUAAUCCAGGGAACCGUGUAGCUUUGUGGAACUUACUACAAAUCUACGCACUUACACAUCGCUACAGCAACAUGAAAGAUGUACUGAUGAAUAGCAGUGACAGUCUUUCGGCCAUUUCGGAUGUUAUCAAUGAUAACAGCAUUGACUUCCCCGGUCUUCUCGCUAGCGCUUUUGGACAGAACCCUUUUCGUUUGAGGGAACGUGCCAAUGAAGACACCGCUAGUGACGGUUCUACGGAACAUUCGCCCGUUCACAGCUCGACCGAGGGUGAAGAAGAUUCAGCCAUCAUGUGUGUCCUCAAAGCCUUCUUACCGGCUAUAGCAGGAGACUUUGCCGAGGCCGAGUCUUCCCUUGAGCAAGUCAUGAAGAUCAAAGAGAAAUGGGGAAGUGAUGAGGAACCUUCAAGUGUGUACUCCAGAAUGGCUCACACAAUUGACCUGGUUGUUGGCGGGAUCUACUUCAACUUGAAAAACUAUGAGAAAUGCGUCUUUCACCUGGAACUCGGUUUGAAAUACUUACAGACAUUAUAUGGCAGCCACAGUGCGCAUCCGUUGAUGUCAUACUGUUUUCUGUUGCUUUCGCGGUCUCACAAGGAGUUGUCAAAUCAUGAAAUGGCCAAAGCCAUGAUGGAAAACGCAAGAACAUGCAGCCGUGCGUCACUGAGUCGCGGCGCGUAUGGUUACUACAGCUUAGGGGCAAUAGCAAUCUCGGCGAUGGACGGAAGCGAGAACUCAAGCAGGCACUUUGGUAUGGUGCAACAAGCUGCUGAUGCGGGAAUGGCGUUGAAAUUUGCCGCUCAUCUUCAUAUUAACGCCUGUUAUGUUUCGGCAGUUAAAUGUAUAGAAGAGAAAAGGAUGCCUGAGGCAGCAUGGUAUUAUAAGAAGCUGCUUUGGUAUGUGUUAGAGCUUGACCGCCAAGAGCCUCACACUGACAUCUUACGCGACUGUGUACAUUUUGUCUCUUAUCAUGGCUUGGCGUACGCUACAAUGAUCACUGAGAACAUCCUUCAAAAUGUAUUUCCCGCAUUGCUAUCCCCCGGAAGCCUAACUCGUUUGUCAUCUUCAGCUGAACACAAGUCAGAAAGCCGUACUGACAAGCCAAACAGAAGAACAGAAACAAGCAAACUGGUUCUGGAAUAUGAGAGACUUCUCGACGUAUAUCGUCUCCGCUAUGGACACGAUUGUGAUAUCUACAUGUUACCAUUCAUCGGUCUAUUGCACACCCUUGAUGGCAACGCAAGUAAGGGUAUCGAGUGGAUUUUUGCAACCCUUGAACUGUUAGAGUCUUUGAAAACACUGCCGGCAAACUUUAUCGAUCUUUUUAAUGUUCCUGACGUUGAACGCACCGCUGUUUGUUCAUGUUUCUAGUUCUUUACGGGCUUGCCGUCCAAUGGCUCACAUUUUUGGAGGUGACUUUGUGUUAGCUUGCUUGCUUUCUCUGAUGGGCGUGGCGUAUCUCUAUUAUGCAUCCGAUUUACACAACUCUAUGCAAUGCUUUAAUGAUGCUUUACAGACACUAAUAGAUUACGAAGAAGGCGCGGAAGAAGCCACUGCAGAACAACAAAUGAACCUACCCAUAAAAACUGACAUGGUAGCUAACUGGUGGAGAAAUGUACAAGCUGCAGUGGACGCUCUGGGACCUAUUUCUCAAUCACACCCUUGUUUGUCUGGUUCUGGUGACAUUCCUCUUGACUAAUCCGAAUAGUUUUCUGAUAUGUAUAUUGUUUAAUAUAUGUUUAGGUUCAGAGAAGGAUAGCUAUAGAUAGUCAGACACAUGGAAGUUACUGCCUUAUGUAUUCACACACCAUACAUGUUUUAUUUGUAAAACAUUCCAUACAUGUACUGUACAAACGUUGUAUCAUUUCAAUCAGAUUGACCCAUGUAAGGAA